AUGAGCAGACGUAGAGACAACAACAUCCAGGGGCCCACCUCGGCACUGACAUCCUUCUUGAAGGAACAUAACAUCACGGCUGCGAGUAUCUCGCGACGCGCCGCGACGCGAAACCGAUCCCAGUUGGCCGAAGAAGUCCCUCAGGCUGGACCCAGCACCGCCACGGCUGAUGCAGAAGAAGCGCCGGAGGAAGAAGCGCCCGGUCCAAGUCGACGUACGCGUUCGCGGGGGGGAGAUGCCGAGUAUAACUCGGACGAACUCGACGAAGAAGGCGAAGAAGCUGCUGCAGGGCCUUCGCGGAAGAAGCCGAAGCUCUCCAAGGCCGCUGAGGCGAAAGCUAAGGCUAAGGCCAAAGCGAAGGCCAAGGCCAAAGCGAAGAAGGGCGACAACGACGACUAUAACGGGAGCACAGACGAGGACGAAGAGGCUUACAAUGCCCCAUCGAAGUCUUUCUUUCGUACAGGAGCUGCUGCUAAGCCGCCAAACGGAAGUUUCGAGAAAUGCGCACGAUGCACACAGCAAUUCACCGUUACUCAGUAUACGAUGGCUGCCAAUCCUGGUCCUGGGUUCUUGUGUCACAAGUGCGCGAAGGAGUCCGGCAUUGACCCGUUCAAGAAGCCUACUGCACCGCGCAAGCGCAAGGCUCCGGGCGAGAAGCGCGCCGUGACGUUCUUUGAAGAGAGACGGCUGCCUACGCUUGUCUCUCUCUGUGUCAAGGCCAUCUCCGCACAUAUCGAUGACGUCGAGGCACUAGGCGAUCUCGGAAGCGUAAACGUGGAUAACAUCAUUCGCUCACUGUCGCGCAUCCGUAGCUUGACCCCGGAGAACGCCACACUAUUCUAUGGUGCUCGUAAUAAGAGUCUCACUCUCUACGAUGCGACCAAACUUCCGCCACCCGCCUUAUCCUCCCUCGCCAUGUUGAACCCCAACCUUACCUCACUUCGCCUCGACUUCUGUGGGCGUAUGAACGACAGCGUACUUGAGACGUGGUCCACCUGCCUCCCCGCGUUGACGCAUAUCGACUUACAUGGUCCCUAUCUCGUACACUCGGCCGCCUGGAUCGCCUUCUUCGAAGCCCACCCAGAUCUCGAGACCUUCCGCAUCCUCCAAAGCCCACGGUUCGACUUGGCUUCCGUCGAGGCGCUUGUCAAGAACUGCGACGGUCUACAGAACUUACGGCUCAGGGAACUCGGACAACUCAACGACGCAUUCCUCGAGGAGAUCGGGAAGCUGGAGCAUAUCACCUCGCUCGACCUCGCCGAUCCCGCGAAGUCAUGUUCCGAAGAGGCGCUCUCGGUCCUACUAUCCAAGCUCGGGCCGAACUUGCGCGAACUCGAUCUCUCUGGCCACCUCGACUUGAAGGAUGCAUUCUUGGCCACUGCGCUCGCGGAGCAUUGUGUCGGUCUGGCCGGCCUCGCGUUGGACGAUGUGCCCGAGAUAACGGACGCAGGGCUUGCCGCGCUCUUUGAUGCCUGGUGCGAUGGCGGACACGCCAUGACCAUGUCCUCACUCUCAUUCAAACGCAACUGCGAGCUCGGUGAUGCCGCACUUGCGGCGCUACUGGCCACGUGCGGACGCUCGCUCGAGCACCUCGAUAUCAACGGCUGGCUGCAUACGAAGGCGGAGACACUUAGCGCCAUUGGAGCUCGUGCGAGGGAGUUGAGAAUGGUCGAUGUAGGAUUCAACCGAGAGGUGACUGAUGUGGCCGUGGGCCAGAUCUUGGAUGGUUGUGAGAAGUUGUUGGAGGUGCGAGUGUGGGGAUGCAAUCGUGUUACGGUGAACUGCCCACGGAAGCGCGGCGUUGCGAUCUACGGCAUCGAGUCGCUUUCCUCUGCGUAG